GCGCGCGCACGCGGAAGCGGAAGGGCGGAGAGAAGCGCUCCGUUGCGGGGGCGAGCGCGCAGGCGCCUACCUGAAAUAGCUGUGGGCGGGAAUCCCAACGUUCCGCGGCGGUGGGGUCUGGCCCGCUGGAGAAAUGGAGGAGAAACGUUAGGACUGUCCCUUUUGACAGACGUGCUCCUCAGGGAUGGCCGCGCUCCCUGGGUAUUGUGUCCACCUUGGGGGAAGGACCUUUCAGAAUAAAAAGAACAAAUUCGGCCCUGGAAGUGAACCGCUGAGGCUACUUCUUCAUAGACAAAAGUCAGUAUUUAACUGGAAACGAAGCAUCUCUUAAAAUUCUCUCAAACUCCUAAUCCCAAAGAGUUGAUGACAUUUUUCUGAUGAAGAAAAGAAGUGACUGACUACCAGUUAAAAAUAUUCUGGCACUGGUCCUGUUUUUUGCCCCCCUUAGAUUUGAAGAAAAAAUAUGGAAAAAUGGCACUUGAUGGCAACUGUGGUCUUAAUAGGACUAACAGUACGGUGGACAGUUUCUCUUAAUUCUUACUCAGGUGCUGGAAAACCCCCUAUGUUUGGUGAUUAUGAAGCUCAGAGACACUGGCAAGAAAUUACUUUUAAUUUACCGGUCGAACAAUGGUAUUUUAACAGUAGUGAUAACAAUUUACAGUACUGGGGAUUGGAUUAUCCACCUCUUACGGCCUAUCAUAGUCUUUUAUGUGCCUAUGUGGCAAAGUUCAUAAAUCCAGACUGGAUUGCUCUCCAUUCAUCACGUGGGUAUGAGAGUCAGGCACAUAAGCUCUUUAUGCGCACCACAGUGUUAAUUGCUGAUUUGCUGAUUUAUAUACCUGCAGUGGUUUUAUACUGUUGUUGUUUAAAAGAAAUCUCAACCAAGAAAAAGAUUGCUAAUGCAUUAUGCAUAUUGCUGUAUCCAGGCCUUAUUCUUAUCGACUAUGGACAUUUUCAAUAUAAUUCCGUGAGUCUUGGCUUUGCUUUGUGGGGUGUUCUUGGAGUAUCUUGUGACUGGGACCUGCUAGGCUCACUGGCAUUUUGUUUAGCUAUAAAUUAUAAACAGAUGGAACUUUACCACUCCUUGCCAUUUUUUUGCUUUUUACUUGGCAAGUGUUUUAAAAAAGGCCUAAAAGGAAAGGGGUUUGUGUUGUUAAUUAAGCUAGCUUGUACAGUUGUGGCUUCCUUCAUUCUCUGCUGGCUGCCAUUCUUUACAGAAAGGGAGCAACUGCUGCAAGUUCUAAGAAGACUCUUCCCAGUUGAUCGUGGAUUAUUUGAGGAUAAAGUAGCCAAUAUUUGGUGCAGCUUCAGUAUCUUUCUGAAGAUCAAGGAUAUUUUGCCACGUCACAUCCAGAUAAUAAUCAGCUUUUGUUUUACAUUUUUGAGCUUGCUUCCUGCAUGUAUAAAAUUAACACUUCAACCCUCUCCCAAAGGAUUCAGAUUUACUCUGGUUAGCUGUGCACUGUCAUUCUUUUUAUUUUCUUUCCAAGUACAUGAAAAGUCCAUUCUCCUGGUAUCAUUACCAGUCUGCUUAGUUUUAAGUGAAAUUCCUUUUAUGUCUACUUGGUUUUUACUUGUAUCAACAUUUAGUAUGCUACCUCUUCUACUGAAGGAUGAACUCUUAAUGCCCUCAGUUGUGACAACAGUGGCAUUUUUUAUAGCUUGUGCAGUUUCCUUUUCAAUAUUUGAAAAGACUUCUGAAGAAGAACUGCAGUUGAAAUCCUUUUCCAUUUCUGUUAGGAAAUAUCUUCCAUGUUUUACAUUUCUUCCCAGAAUUAUACAAUAUUUGUUUCUUAUCUCAGUCAUCAGUAUGGUACUUCUGACACUGAUAACUGUCACACUGGAACCUCCUCAGAAAUUACCGGACUUAUUUUCUGUAUUGGUUUGUUUUGUAUCUUGCUUGAAUUUCCUGUUCUUCUUGGUAUAUUUUAACAUUAUAAUCAUGUGGGACUCCAAAAAUGGAAGAAAUCAGAAGAAAAUCAACUAGCUCUGUCUCCACAAACAGAUGUGAAAAUAUUAACAGUGUUUAAAGGUUUUUUUGAACUUUUUUGCUAUGUAUAAAUGAAAUUAUCAUUUUGAGAAUCACAAAAUGAUUGGGAAAAAAUGGUGGAAAGUCAUUGUUGUCUAUACAAAGUAAAUAUAUAUGGGGACUCACGCCCAUUGGAGGCUUUUAUUUUCUAAACAUGAAGUGGCCAAGACAUGUUGUGGUUUUAUUAAUAUUCAGUUAUCCAAGUGGGAAAAUAAGAGAAAAUUCCCUUAAUCCUAGUGUUUACUCAGGACAUGUAUUCUACAAUUUGUUGUCUUAAAAAAAAAUUCUGCAAAUCCAGUGAGCUUACUGGGAGAAUCAAGCCCUUCUUUUUAAAGAAAUCACUAAUUUUGGUAUUUAAAUUUAGUUUUCCUUACAUUUUAGAAUGCAAGUAAUGUGUAUUUCAUUCUUUAGAAAUUAUAUCUCAGGGAUUAAAUUUUUAAUUACUGUGAGAAGGCAAUUUAAAGUGCUUGAAGUUUGAACACGCCUUAUUACAUGUACAAAUUUGAUUUCUUUAUAACAAGGGAGAGAAUUAGACCAUGUUAUUUCCAAAAAUGCUGACUUACUUGAAUGCAAUUAAACAGUGAAUUUUACUGAA